AUGUCUUCAGCUAGAAGCACUCCGCCCUCGUCUCCUCCAGACGCCAGUGUCGCAGAAGUCAAGCAGGAACAGAACGAGCAAGAUGGCGCAAAGAACGGCAACGACAACAAUGUUGAUGACAAUGAUGAGGAGGAUAUGGACCACAAAUCACGAGCACUUACCAAUCUCCUAAAGACAAGCUCGGUAUUCGUCGCGAUCAUGGCAGACAAGAUGAAGGAACAGCAGAAGAGAAAUCAAGAGCAGGCCAGACGGGCUGCGGCCAAACAGCGAACCGAGACGGACAAGGCUGCAGACUCGAAAGAACCUGUACGGAAGUCGACCAGAACACACGCUGCCGAGGAGAACUCAACAAAAGAGCCGGAGAAGAAGACCACUCGCGGCCGGGGCCGACCACCAAAGAAAACAAACGCAAAGAAGAGCAUCACCGAUUACUUUGACACUGGAGCUGUGGAAAUUGCCCAAGAUGGGCCAACAGUUCAGGAAGCCCUAGCGGAGGCCGCCGAAGAGUACGAAGGUGAAGGACUUGGUGCUCAGGACCUAGUUGCGACCGAUCAGCCCGCCCCCGUCACCGGAGGUCAGAUGAAGCAGUACCAACUCGAAGGGCUGGAAUGGUUGAAAUCCCUGUGGAUGAACGGCCUCUGCGGUAUCCUGGCAGAUGAGAUGGGACUAGGCAAGACGCUACAGGCCAUUUCCCUGAUAGCGUUUUUUAAGGAACACAACAUCCAGGGUCCGUUCCUGAUAGUCGCUCCACUAAGCACAGUCCGCAACUGGAUCGAAGAGUUCAAGCACUGGACUCCAUCUAUCAAUACCAUCCUCUACCAUGGCGGUAAAGACGAACGAGAGGCCAUGAGGCGCAAGCACAUGAGGCUGCAGAACCAGAGCACACCUGAAUUUCCCGUGGUGGUGACAAGCUACGAGAUUUGCAUGAAUGACCGAAAGUUCCUGGCCAACUACCAAUGGAAAUAUAUCAUUGUGGACGAAGGGCAUCGGCUAAAGAACAUGAAUUGCAAAUUGAUCAAGGAACUGAUGACCUACAACUCGGCCAACAGACUGCUCAUCACGGGAACACCGCUGCAAAACAAUAUUGCCGAGCUCUGGUCUCUGCUCCAUUUCUUGCUUCCAGAAGUUUUCAACGAUCUCGACAGUUUUGAAAGAUGGUUCGACUUCUCCAGUGUGCUGGAGGAUAAGACCGAGUCUGAUGGCAAAAUGCAAAAGCGCAAGAACAACUUGGUGUCCACCAUGCACGCCAUCCUCAAGCCAUUCCUGCUGCGUCGGGUCAAGUCAGAUGUCGAGGCUUCGCUGCCCAAGAAGCGCGAAUAUAUUCUGUACGCACCGUUGACCGCGGAACAAAAGGAACUGUAUCGAGAGAUUCUCGCAGGGACCAGCAGAUCUUACCUUGAAGACAAAGCAGUUGAGCGUAUUGAAGCGAAGAGCCGGGCCGCCUCGCUGAAACGCAAGGCGAAUGACAGUGGACGUUCCACGCCAGCCAAGAGUGUGAAGCAUAGCAGAGCUUCCACGCCGGCGUCAAUUGCAUCCACGACCUCUGUCCGAAGGGGAAGAAGGACAGCACCCACAAAUUACCGUGACGUGACUGAUCGUGAGUUUAAUGCGCGCCUCCGUCGGCUGGAGAAUGGUGAAGACAAUGUCAGUCUUGACCGCUCUUCUCCUCCCGAUGGCACAUCUGAAUUGGAAUCCGAAGAAGAGGAGGAACUGGAGCGUGCGAAGACGCUGAAGCUGGCCAAGAAAGAGAUCUCAGCAAAGAAAUUGCAGAAUCCAAUCAUGCAAGCCCGCCUCGCAUGCAACAGUCCACACAACUUCUACUGGCCCUGGAAACCCUCUACUGCCGCGGAGGAAGAGUCCGGCGACUAUCCUCAAGUGGACGAGACUCUCGUGACGGCUUCUGGCAAGAUUCUGCUUCUCGACACACUCCUUCCCAGAUUGUUUGAGCUGGGCCAUAAGGUUCUGAUAUUCAGUCAAUUUAAAACCACUUUGGAUAUUCUGGAGACUUAUGCCGUCGACCUUCGUGGCUGGAAAGCCUGUCGAAUUGAUGGUUCUGUCCCUCAAGAGGAGCGGUACAAAUCGAUCACCGCCUUCAACACCGACAAAUCUUACAAUCUAUUUCUACUAUCUACCCGCGCAGGAGGCCAAGGAAUUAAUCUGGCUGCGGCAGACACGGUCAUUCUGUUUGAUUCAGAUUGGAAUCCGCAGCAGGAUCUGCAAGCCAUGGACCGCGCCCAUCGUAUCGGACAGACCAAGCCGGUAAUUGUUUAUCGCCUGGCCACUCGGGGCACCGUGGAAGAGACACUGCUGCUCAAAGCGGACGCAAAGAGGAAACUCGAGAAACUCGUCAUUCAGAAAGGAAAGUUCAAGUCUUUGCUUUCUUCUGCUGCGGAUGCCGAUGACGUGCGAGGAGUACUUGCGAAUGACGAUUUCGAGAAAUAUGACAUUGCUGAUUCAGGAGGCAAGGGGGCUAUCCUGAGGGAAGAGGAGUUGCAGAUCCUGACGGAUCGGAGUGAUAAAGCAUACGAAAGAGCAGAGAAGGGCUUGGAUAUUGGUGGUGAAGGCAAAGCAUUUAAGGUCGCUGAAACAAAGAGGGGUGAUGGGGGCACAGCCGAUGUGCUUGAUGACUUGACCGUCAGAAGCAAGCCUAAAUGA